AUGUCUGUUCUUUGUAUUGAGAGACUUGGCCAUCUCAUCACCAAUGAGUGUACUAAGCGCAAGUGGAAGCCCUUGAUUAUGAAUCGAAAUUGUCCACCUUUGUCUUAUUUAUUCUUUGCGGACGACUUACUCCUGUUUUAUGAAGCUUCUAUUAAUCAAGCGGAGGUUGUGAAUAAGCUAUCGGAGGAUCUAUUGCAGCCAAGCUCAGUUUUUGACACUACGUUUGACUUGGGAAGUUAUCUGGGAAUUCCUUUACUGCACGGCAGAUUGACUAAGAAGCAUACGAAAGGUAUUAUGUUGCGUAUUAAUUCCAGAUUGUCUAACUGGAAAGUGAAGCCGUUGAAUAUGGCGGGCAGGGCUACAAUAGCUAAGUCAGUUAUGGCUGCAAUUCCCCUUUACUCUAUGCAAACUCUGGCACUUCCGAAAGGGAAUUGUGAUGAAAUAGAGCGUUUAUGCAGGAAGUUCUUAUGGGGUACCUCUGAGGAAGGGAGAAAGAUUGGAUGGCAUAUUCUUACUAGUAAGGAUAAGUUUUUGGUGGAUAUCCUUAGAGCUAAAUGGGCUCUUGGUGACGGGUCGAAAAUCCGUUUUUGGAUGGACCCGUGGCUUGGUGAUAAAUUAUCCCUUUAUCAGGUUGCUAUAGGUCAUGUUCCUGAGGCUGGGAUGGAUUUAAAAGUGAAUGCUUUUGUUGACAAUAAUGGUGAUUGGUGGUGGGAGAAGUUCUCUAAUCGCUUGCCAAAUACUUGGAUUAUCAAAACUGCCAGUUUUAUACCGCCUAAGCAUAAUUAUAGGGAAGAUCGUAUGUUCUUUUCCUUAGAUUUUAAGGACUGGAUUUUCCGCAAUCUUUCAGGCAAGGAUAAUUUCAGUAAUAAGGCAGACUGGAAUUGCAUAUUUGGGAUAGCUCUAUGGAGGAUUUGGCAAUGGCGGAACAGUACAGUUAUAGGUAACCAGAGAACAGCGGUUAGCCAAGUGGUUAAUGAUAUUUAUCAGCGGGCUGAGUACACUAGUCGGGCUAUUUCGAAUAGGCAUAUUUUGACAGAUGUUGGUGGCGAGAGGCGGGAUAUUCAAAUCUGUUCGCUUUGUCCUCCUGAACUUUGGACAAAAGUUAACAAUGGUGGUGCUUUUAAUUCAGUUACUGGUGUGGCUAAAGCAGGUGGGAUCAUUAGAGAUGAUUUGGGGAGAUGGAUCGCUAGUUUCUCGGCAACUCUGGGCGAUGGUUCAGUGCUUCAUGCAGAAUACUUUAGUUUUUUUCUUGGGCUCCAAUUAGCUUGGAAGAAGGGGUUGCAAAAGAUCAUCCUUGAGUUUGUGGAUAAGAUUUCGAGCAACAAGGAUGCAACGGAAUUUUCGAAUAUUGUCUCUACUAUUCGAGAGUUCAUAAACAGAAGUUGGAGUGAUAAGGUGUGCCAUAUCUACAGGGAAGCUAAUUUUGCAGCGGACCAUCUCGCUUCGAUAAGCCAUGAUUAUCUUAUUGGAUGUUGUUAUCAUGAUAACCCACCUCCUAGUCUUUUGCCUUGGAUCUCGUAUGCUCUAUAUGGUACUUCGUAUGUUAAGAAUAUUAGUUCCUCGUUUGUUUUAGGUUUUGCCUCUUUUCCUUGCACCAAAAAAAAGAAACUUGCUUCCGCCACUGCUGAGAGUUAA